AUGUCCCCUUCGGUUUCCAUCCACGUCGAAGACCGCAUCUCGGGCAAAAACGCCAACGCCAACGUCCCCGUCAACGGCCACAAGGAGACCUUUGGCAGCCUCUUCCGGAACACGCCUUUCGGGAGCCAAGUCCUCGCCAACGCCAUCCUCGUGCAGACCCCGGGCACGGCACAGGGCGUCAAGAUUGUCGUGUUCGACGCGCACGGGAACCAACAGGCCGUGUUGGACGACAAUGGCACGCCGUUUGUGAUUGGGACUGCGUCGACCACCGAUAUCACAAAUUGGACCAUCAGUGCCACCAGGCAGUGA